CGAGCAGGAGGAAAGAUGGAGGAUUACCAGGCUACGGAGGAGACUACUUUCGUUGUUGAUGAAGUGAGCAACAUUGUAAAAGAGGCUAUAGAAAGCGCAAUUGGCGGUAAAGCUUACCAACACAGCAAAGUGAAUCAGUGGACCACAAACGUAGUAGAACAAACUUUAAGCCAACUCACCAAGCUGGGGAAACCAUUUAAAUACAUUGUGACCUGUGUAAUUAUGCAAAAGAAUGGAGCUGGAUUACACACAGCAAGUUCCUGCUUCUGGGACAGCUCUACUGAUGGGAGCUGUACUGUGCGAUGGGAGAACAAGACCAUGUACUGCAUUGUCAGCACCUUCGGACUGUCUAUUUGACCACCUCAGCCAGCCUGCGACCUUCCUCCCUUUGUCUCGACAUUUCUAUUCCAUCUUCUAAUGUCCAACAUGAUAUUCGAUGAACGCU